AUGUCCGGCAGAAGCUCGCGUUCUAGACGGUCGGGUGUUCCUUCUAGGAACAUUUCUGACGACCAAAUUGCUGAUUUGAUCUCUAAAUUACAACAGCUCAUCCCUGAGAUUCGCAAUGGACGUUCCUCCUCCAGGGUAUCAGCUUCAAAGGUUCUACAAGAGACAUGUAACUACAUAAGAAGCUUACAAAGAGAGGUGGAUGAUUUAAGCGAUCGAUUAUCAGAGCUAUUGGCAUCAACAGAUCCUGAAAGUGCUCAAGCAGCCAUUAUUAGAAGCUUACUUAUGUAAUAUGAAUCAUUCCAAAUUCCCCAACUCCGUUUCUUUUUCUAUAUACACAAUUUGCUCUUCACCAAGCACACCUCUA